GUACGAGAUUAUGCCGGAAUUUAUGACGGUGGCAGCACUGACAUGAGAUGGACUGCUGAGUUGGGAAGCGACCGGCGUGUGCAAAUGCGGGUUAAACUUUGUGUGUUUAUGACCAGGCCGACAAUUACGCUGAGCUGACCGCAAACGCAGUAAUGUGUCGUUUCCAAUAGGUGUUGCCAAUUGACCGUUUCAAGAACUCUUUUACAGACUUCUGGUGAAUGCGCUGAUCCCAGUCUUCGCUUGUGUCCUGUGCUCGACCCUGUAGUUCUGUCACUCAUCGGUGACACCCCAAGCAAAUGGCUUUGCUCGAGAGGCCUUUCAACUGUGUUGAGACCACGUGUCGAACUUCUACUUAGCAAUUCAGAGGAGCAAUAAAUUGCCUCGGAGGCCAAUAAGCAAAGGUGUGAGGUUCUGUGGUGCCGAACUCGCGACUUCUGCGGCAAUUGCAAAGCCGGCUGAGCUAGAGGGUACUGAAAAAUUCGUGCAUGGUGGGGAUCUUAAAAAACAACAGGGCAUGAAUUAAAUGUACCUCCGUACAGUAUUCAAGGAACCUGAGACAAGCUAUCACCUUCUGUCUACGCUGUCGGGCGCGAAGUGCUACUUGAAACAGUAAUAAACUCUAGUUCUGUUUAUCGGCCUAAAAUGGCGAUUCGACACUUCGUGAGGGCGUCUGUGCCGUCCUCUACGAAAAGUAUAUCGGUGAGAUUCAUGCAUUCGGCACCGGAGUGCGUCCGGGUGCCAUCUCUCUCGUCUACUUCUCCAGUUUUUUCGGAAGACCCUGGGACUUGGGAGGGGCAGCGGGAAAAGCCUGAAUUCGUUGCUGGUUUGGGGGAGGGCGCCGCAGAGUGGCGGGCCAGGUUUCCUUGUUGUGGAACUAGUCGCAGAGAACACUCUGGGGUAGACAAGGCGAUGGAUUAUGAAAGUCAUAACUGGAAGGCUAUCUGGGAUAAACAUGCAAGUCGAAGGGGUUCUGACAUUGCAGAGCGGCGGACCUCGUCGCAUUAUUCCUCAAACGGCCACACGUGUGGUCCUAGUUUUUUCUUUCGAGAAUUUUCUUGGACCUCAGCAAGAGCACGCCAGGACUGGCACAAUUGGCAUUGCGAGAGAGAGGGACUAGGGUUACAAGCGCUUGCAGUCCGCAGUCAAUACACAGAGAGCCUUGUCGAACCGUGUGACGCCAUUCGAAAACUCUGUUGGUGGGGGGGUGGACGUUGCUCAGAGAAUCCGGAUUUUCAGGGGAAGGAUGCAGCUGUGUGCCACAAUUGGCAAACUUCUGAAGAGGCGGAUCGCCUAACAACGACGAGCAUGCUGAAGGGAGCUUUUCUCAGCAGCUCGUCAGCUUCUGCGGAGACGGUGUUUCACUCCCGGAACCUCCCGCUACGCAAAAACAGAGAAGAAUCACUCGAGGACCCAAGAAUUACUCUAGUGCCAUCAUCUGUGCCGCAGCGAUCCAGAUGUUCUGCAACGACAUCUGAGUCUUGGGGGUUCUUGGGGUCAGCGAUGCUGCCAUACGGAAUUUUUCGGCCGCGUCCGGGCUUCCGUGACGAGACGGUAUCAUUGCCUGUUGUCAAAAUUGAGCACCCUGAGCAACAAUCAGGGCCUUUUAAACAGCCCAAUGGAGCUGAGCCGGCUACGGAUGUUACAGGAACACCUGAUGAGUCGGUUCGUCCAGAGUACCGCUGCAAUAAAGUCCGGACCGAUAAGAAGGAACGGAAGCGUGCAUUUCCCCAGAGAGGCUUCUGGAAAAAACAGAACUUUCUUCAAGUCAAAAACAACACCGUGCGCCUCGCGUUCGCCGUCCAGGGCGUCGACUUGCUCAAACUGAAACGCCUGCGAUGGGGAGAGGUGCGGAAAGGGAAUACGGGUUGGUGGACGGACGACUACAGGAGUCCAAAAGUGUCGGGUCCGUCGAAAUGAGGUUUCCAAACUUGCAACUUCGCGAGUUGUGUCCCGUGUGGACGUAAGGAACAAUACAAUGAAUGCAAUACUUUGAAUCGGAGUGCACCACCUGUAGCGACUCAUGGCUCAAGCUUGAUUUCAACAGUCUAUAACGUAUGAGGAAAGGACAGAGUGCUUCCUCUGUCUCUGUUAAAAAAUGC